UCAUAGUCCAAAAAUGUUGCAAUAUGAAUAUGUAAUUUAACAUUUCUUGAAAUCGGAAAUUACAAUGGAAUUUCCAGUUACCUGGAUAUCAAAGCAAACACAAUUCGUCAACAAUUUAAUUGAUGGCGCGUAUCUAAGGCUACUAUUGACGUAACAACACAAUUUGGUUACUUCUACCUCAACAAGCCUGACUGCAGAGUUCAUUGACAUGUUGUCGAGACGUGAUAAGCUGCUCAUCCAGCCAUGGGACGACCGCAGAUUCAAGGACCACCGGUCUAAAGUACGAUCAGCUUUGCCCGCCAUCGAUGACCGAGCGCCGACAGCGCGACCUCACGUAGCUGUCAAGUUGAAGAAGUUCCAACGAGAGCUGGACCGCAAGCGCAAGAUCCAAGCUGACAACUACAGCCUGCUGCAGCGGCUCAACGCCAUCAUGAAGGCAAAGUCGUAUUGUAUUAAUAUAGUAUCUACAAACAUAGGAGUAAUAAAGGUGCAGCGUUGUAACUUCGAUUUGGAACUCACGCUGUACUAUCGCCAGAAAGUGGGCCUAUUUUACGAUGCAGUGUCGCUAAACAGUCGCAUUACGCUGCGAUCACUUCAAGACGAUACGACUGAGUCUUCAUACAGUAACGUCAAAUGUUACGCUUGUGAAGUUAAGAAGAGAAGCUACGACUACAAUGUCUUGGAACCGAAACUCCGUCUGGAUUCCUUGCCCUCAUUAUUUUGACGACUUUUGUAAUAUGAAUCUUAAUAAAAAAUAAAACAAUUUCUAUAUUGGACAGAAUUUAUUGGUA